GCCCUCGUCUCCCUCCCUUCACUGACCGGUGUGCUCACAUCUUUUAAAAAAGGACCAAGAAGUGCCUCCUCUCUUCUUUUCUCUCCUCUUUUUCUCCGCACCUGUUUUAAUUUCCUUCGAGGUCCCUAUUCCUUCUCCCUUCGCCCCUCCCCUUCCUUGUCGCUGGAGCUCCAAUUGCGCCUCUAGCACACCCCCAUUUCUCCGACUUCCCCUCACAUCCGCCACACCCCGUAACACAGCAGCAACAUGUCGUUUCUCGACAGGCUGAACCGCAGUGUCGCGGAGUCCAGCAUUGGAAAGCACUUCCGCCUCGAGGGAUCCGGUGCUCGUCGUGAGCGUAUUGGCUCCAAAUUCACCACCGAGCUCCGUGCUGGUCUGACGACCUUUGUCACCAUGGCCUACAUUAUCUCUGUCAACUCGUUGAUCGUUACAGAUUCUGGUGGAACUUGUGAGUGCAACAAAAGCGAUAACGCCACUGAAGUCGGAUGCUCCACCGACCCUGCAUACAUGGAGUGCCUCCAGGUCCUGAAGCUCGACCUGGUCACCGCCACCGCCGCCAUUGCCUGCUUUUCCACUCUUCUCAUGGGUCUCUUUGCCAACCUGCCCAUCGGUCUUGCCCCUGGUAUGGGUCUCAAUGCCUACUUCACCUACACGGUUGUUGGAUUUCACGGCUCGAACAGUAUCAAGUACGAGACUGCCCUCGCCGCUGUCUUCAUCGAGGGUAUCCUCUUCAUCUUGCUGUCGCUCUUUGGUAUCCGUCAAUGGCUUGCUCGUCUGAUCCCUCAGUCUAUUAAAAUCGCCACUGGUGCCGGUAUUGGAUUGUACCUGGCUUUUAUUGGUUUCCAAUCCUCUGCUGGUAUCGGUCUGAUUGGCGGUAACGAUGCUACGCUGGUGACCCUUUCCGGAUGUGCCAAGGACGCUGCUGGUGCGUGUAUCGAAGGAACCCACAUGCGCGGUCCCCAAACCUGGAUGGGCAUCCUUGGCUUUGUGAUCAUCGGCAUCUGUCUCCUCUUCCGUGUCAAGGGUGCUGUCCUUGUCGGUAUCUUGUUUGUCUCGAUCCUGUCCUGGAUCCGCGGUACCUCCUUCACCUACUUCCCCUACACUAGUACCGGUGACUCGAACUUUGACUACUUCAAGAAGGUCGUGACCUUCCAUCCCAUCAAGAAUAUCAUUGGCAAGAUGGACUUUCAGCUCGACAACUCGGAGAUCUGGAUCGCUUUGGUCACCUUCUUGUACGUCGAUAUCAUGGACACCACCGGUACCCUCUACUCGAUGGCUAAGUUCGGUGGCUACAUGUACAAGAACGGUGACUUUGAUGGCUCGACCGCUGCGUUCCUCUGCGACGCCACCUCCAUCUCUGUCGGUGCCGUCUUUGGUGUCCCUCCCGUCACCGCCUUCAUCGAGUCCGGUGCUGGUAUCACUGAAGGUGGUCGCACUGGUUUGACCUCGAUUACUACCGCCUUCCUCUUCUUCGUCUCGCUCUUCUUCUCGCCCAUCUUCGCCUCCUUCCCUCCAUGGGCUACUGGUCCAGCCCUGAUCGUCGUCGGUUCGAUGAUGGUCAAGUCUGUCCGCUCCAUCAACUGGGACUAUGUGGGAGACGCUAUCCCCGCUUUCUUGACCAUCGCAUUGAUGCCCCUCUCCUACUCGAUCGCCUAUGGUCUCAUUGCUGGUAUCGGUUCCUAUGCUGCCAUCAACGGAUUUGUUUAUAUCCUCGAGUUGGUCUCGGGUGGUCGCAUCGUACCUGAGGAUAAGGACUUGAAGGAGCCCUGGGUCAACGAGAGCUUCACCUGGCAGAACGUCUUGCCCGGCUGGAUGCAGAAAUUGAUCUGCAAGGCUCGUGGCGAGAUCUAUGUCGAUCCUUUGGAUGUUAUUGAGGAGGAGGAGCGUCUUGAGCGCGAGGCUGCCGCUGCCGCUGAGGAGCACGAGGCCAAGAUUGACAUGAGUGGGCGCCAUCACGGCGACGCCCAUGAGAUGCCAAAGUAUUAAAGAAGAAUUCGUCUCUCUGUCUCUUUCGUGAAAAUACUAGAUAUCUUAGAUAUAGCAAAUGAACGGAUAUCAGCUUUAUUUUUCAGAGACCCUUAUACCGCCCAUAUAAUCUAUAUCAUCAUCCACACAACAAUCACAUUUAAUACACAUCAAAACACUA